GCGUUUAUUUUUCGCACGUUACAGCAGUAACGCGCAAACCGUUCACACGGUCGCACGUGCUGUAGUAAUGCGGAGGUAGGUCAGUGAUCGUAAAGUGAUGUGCUUGUGAAAUUAGAGGAUUUCUGCUGACUAAAUUCCUGACUGUUUUACGACGACCAAAUCGAAAUGGGACGUGACGAGAAGAAAGGCGGGACCAUUGUCCUGGAAAAUUUCAAUUCCACGGCAAACCUAGCAUCAAACCCCGGCUUCCAGUCCACGCUCACGCUUGGCUCCAAGGAGGUGAUCAAUGAGAAGGCCUACAACCCGUUCGAACAUAGGAAUGUUGAGCAUCCUAAUUCUACGAUCGGUUCCUUGUUGCAUCUGCUGAAGUCCUCGCUAGGGUCUGGUAUCCUGGCGAUGCCUGCUGCCUUCAAGAACGCUGGACUAGCUGCUGGGGCAAUUGGCACCAUCGUUGUUGGAUUCAUAUGUACUCACUGUGUUUAUGUUCUGGUGAAAACAUCACAAGAGGUGUGUGUGGAAGCGAAGAAGCCCUCGAUGGGCUUCGCGGAGACCUGCGGCGCGGCCUUCGAGUUUGGGCCCAAACGGCUCAGGCCUUGGGCCAAUUUUGCUAGAACUUUCAUAGAUUACGCACUGACAUGCACUUAUCUAGCCGCUCUGUGUGUCUACGUCGUUUUUAUAUCGGAAAAUUUCAAAGAGGUGUUAGACGUGUACAUUCCAGACUACAAACUAUCAGUGGAGACGUACUGCGCGUUGACCCUGGUGCCUCUGGUGCUGAUCUGCCAAAUAAGGAACCUGAAGUGGCUGGUGCCCUUCUCCGCGAUUGCCAACGUCUUCCUUGUCAUAUGCUUCGCAAUCACGAUGUACUACAUAUUCUUCGAUCUGCCAAAUCCUUCUCAGAGGGAAAUGGUAGCGACCGUAACUCAAUGGCCACUUUUUAUUAGCACGGUUAUAUUUGCAAUGGAGGGGAUCGGUGUAGUGAUGCCCGUUGAGAACGAGAUGGCGAGACCGCAGCACUUUUUGGGUUGUCCAGGAGUGCUCAAUGUUGCGAUGACCAUAGUGAUAUCUCUAUAUGGCAUUGUAGGUUUCUUCGGCUUCAUCAAGUAUGGAGACGACGUGCGAGGCAGCGUCACUUUGAACUUACCUCAGGAUGAAGUAGCCGCCCAAACCGCUAAGAUCCUGAUGGCUCUGGCGAUCCUGUUCACAUACAGCCUGCAGUUCUACGUGCCCAUGGAGAUGAUCUGGAGACAGCUGCACGACAAGAUCUCCGUGAGGUUCCACAACAUCACACAAAUCUCCAUUAGGACCGUGGCCGUCGUUGGUUCAGUCGCUCUCGCUGCUGCCUUCCCUAACUUGGAGCUGUUCAUCAGUCUCUGUGGUGCUAUCUUCCUCUCCAGUCUUGGUCUCCUGACACCAGCCAUAAUCGACACCGUACACAACUGGGAUCGAGGACUUGGCAGGUUCAACUGGAUUUUCUGGAAGAACAUCUUUAUAUCUCUCAUAUCUCUCAUCGCUUUGUUUGCCGGCUCCUACGUUUCCAUCCAAGAAAUGCUCCACAAGUUUAAUGCCCAUCACAUUUCUUCAUCGGCUGCUAAUGAAACUUUAAGUAUAAGCAAUCAAACGCUCGUUUUAUAGGUUGUGAAGUAUUGUGGCUUACAUGGUUGUGUUUCUAGAAUUAUUUGAGUUUUAAGCGCAAGGAAUAGGUUUUGUGAUGGUCUUGGAUGAUAAGAAUACAACGCACGCAACGAAUAAUACGCUUAAUUAAUCUGUUUUCUUAAAAUUUGUUGAAUUUCAAAAAUUCUACACAAAGUACAUAAGAAAAUUAAUAAUUGACGAUCUUAUCAGAAAAAGUCGCUUUCAGAGAAAAUCUUACUACAGAAAAAUUUAUAAAUCGUGCCCAAAUUGAUAAAUCUCAAAGACGCUUAUUCAAUAAAAUUAGAUUGUAAUGAAAGCAUUCACAGAUAUUUUACUUAACAUUUCUGUUUUCCUCGACCAUCAUGAAAAACUGUUGAGAGAAGAAUGAGCAAUACAAUUAAUAAGAAUUUUUACAACUUAAUCUUUUAGUGAGUAACAAAAACAAUUCAGUACAAGGAAAUAUUUAAGUUAAGUCUUAAAGACCAUGAAACUAUUUUGUAGGUUGUAAUUGUAACUAAAAAAAAAGUAUAACUUUGUCGUUGUAAUAUUAAUAGGACAAUUGUUCUAGAGGCAGUAGAAUUACUAAUCUCGCUUUAAAAUUAAAUGCCAGGUAGGAUGAAAAUAAUUAACAUGAGACACACACAAAUAAACUAAAAAUAUCAUUUUGUAAAAUUUCGUAAAAUAAGACAGUGACAAAACAUAGCAUAUAUCCUUUAUUUUGUUUAUGAUAUGGGUAUGUGUGUCCCUUUUAAUAACUCUCGACAACUUAGUAUUAUUUUUAUUUAAUAGAUACUAAUUUUAUGUUUAGUGAUUUUAACAAACGUGUUAGUUAAUUAAUUAUAAAAUAAUAAUUUGAAGUUACCAACUGGUUAAGUUCUUUAUUUUUAUUGACCAAGUUAUAAGUUUAACGUGUCUGUGUAUCUGUCCGUGGCAUCGUAGCAGCCAAACGGUUGAACCGAUUUUGAGCUAGCUAUUUUCUAAUUAAAGAGAAUUUAAUCGACCUUGUUCCUAGCUAUUUUUUUGUUUGCAAAAUGUAUGCUCAGCCUUAGAUAUCUGAAAAGGUUUCUUAAAUUUUUAAUUCAAUUAUCAUUAUCUGAACAACAGUGACUUCUAUAGAAUUUAGAUAAUAAUGAUGAUAGUCACAAAAGACAAAUAUGAAAUGUAACAUUGUGAUAUUUCAUCCCAUAUUUUUAAUAAAUUAAUAUUUUUUUAUCUAUAAAAAAGUCCGUUGUUAUUUAAGAUGAUUAGGUAUACGCUGUUGUGUGUUACAUUGUUAUUACUGUGAUGUCCCAUAAUAACGUUAAUUUUUAACAUCAGUUGAUCAUUUUGAUUAUAAGAUUGAACAAUUACCAUAGUUUUGUGAUCAAAAUUAUUAAAAUAUAUCAAUUAUCUGGCUUCUGGUUCAUGUAAUAUAUGCACUGAUUUCUUUGGCUGGUAUUUAAAAAUAAUAUCAUCACUACCAUCACAUUUUUAUCAAAUUUCUUAACGAAAAAAUGAAAAAUAUCGUCACACAUUAUGACACGCUAGGUAAAGAAUUUUAAAAGGCAAUAUUGUAGCUUUUUAUAUUACAAUGUGGCCAUAAUAGACUGGCGGGUUUUGGUGGCCAGCGUUUUCAAUUUAGUCAACUGUGUGACUACAUUGUGUAAUGGAAAACUGUAAGACUUUCUAAUAAAAUUGUUUAUCUGUUGUGGCAUAAUUUGUCAAGAUUUUUUGGUUUCGCUAAUAAAUAAAAUAAAUGUAUAGAAAUGUUAGUGUACCGCUAAGCACCUUAAGUCGACUGCUGAGAACUCGAUUUCUUUCAUUGUGCUUGCACUUUGUCUAAAUUUGUGAUUUUAUGACGCAUUAUCGAUAAUAAUAAUAAAAUGUGAUACUUUUUUAUGUGAUAGUGGUAACUGAAAUAAUAAAAAUAUUUUUAAAACGUA